GCCCGGCCGCUACUGCUGGCUUCAAACGCAGACCCGGAGCUCGAGGACGCAGGUGUCCAGUUUCCUUUGACCUUGAGGACCCGGGAAGGUUCUAUGCGCCAUGGCUAUGACUAGUGUCAGAUUGCCUGCCAGCGUUUUGAGAAAGCCAGAUGCCUGGAUUGGACUCUGGGGAGCACUACAAGGGACACCUUCGUACAAACUCUGUGCUUCCUGGAAUCGAUACUUAUAUUUUUCUAGUACCAAGUUAAACACAUCAAAUUGUAAAACAUUUUUCCAUAACAUUUUCUCACGGAGACUCCCCAGGCUUUUCAUAUCCCCAGAAUAUAUUUUCCCAUUUUCCAUAAGACUCAAAAGUAAUAUAGGCUCUAAAAAAUCCACUGAAAAGACUCUGCAGAAAGCCGCAGCUGAAGAGGACUCUGAUGAGGAGAGCCACGGCGAGAUGAGUGAGCGGGAGGAGGAGCUGGAGGACGACCCUAGUGUGGUCAGAGACUAUAAAGACCUGGAGAAAGUAGUGCAGUCUUUUCGGUACGAUGUUAUCCUAAAGACAGGCCUAGAUGUUGGAAGAAACAAAGUGGAAGAUGCGUUCUACAAAGGCGAACUCAGGCUGAAUGGGGAAAAAUUAUGGAAGAAAAGCAGAACGAAAGGACUGGCCGUUGCAGAGAAUAAAGGACACCUCCCUUACCAUGACCUGCUGCAUGGGGCUGUGCCUGGCUGCUGGCCUUGAAGGGUCAGGCAGUUUUCUGAUGCUGCAUCUAUAAAGCUGGCUGCCUGUAGCUGAGCAAACCUUUUCUGUUAGCUGCAAACCAGGUGGGGCCCAGAGUACUGGAGGUGCUGCUGGGUCCCUGUUGACUUAAACAAAGGGUGUUUAGAGCCGGACUAUGGUGAUUGAAGCCUUCCUAAACUCAUUCUCUCCCUGAGAAAUAUUCCUUCCCUUUUCUCUGCCUUAGAAGUAAGCUACCAAAGGGAUCUGCUGCUCAGCCACACACGAGCCUGCUCUUUUAAGGGGCAGACAUUACGCACAGUUAUCUGUGAAGGGGUACACAAUAAGGGUUGUCUUUUUCUCUGUGUAUCCCUUUAUACUUUGUAUAUUUUGUGUCACGUGCAUGUUACUAAAAAGUGAAUUUUAAUGAAAUAAAGUUAUGCUGAAAAAUGUAAAGCAGAGUUCUCAAGCCUUGUAUUUCUGGACGUUGGUUUUAAAUGUCCAUACAGUUGGGCCAAAUGGUCUUUUUUUUUUUAAUUUUUUAAUUUUUUUUUUUUUAUUUUGAGAGCACAUGCGAGC